AUGGAUGGUGUUAAUACUAAAUCCUGUACCACUCCUGUGGUCAGUAGAAAGCAAGGAGCAACAGCGUCCUGCAAGACUUUGAGUGGUGGGCCAUCAGUUGAUGGGCUAGGAAUUAUUGGAUCUGGGAGCAUGAUGAGUGCAGUAGGUCUAGAACUUACUAAUUUUAUAAAUCCUGAUUUGACCUGGAAGACAGUUACAAAAGGCUCCCGGAGUGUCUCCAGGCGUAAACCAGUUGUGAGAAGCUUUACUGUUGAGACAAAGCUAUCAGAUGAGAGUGCCAGAAAUGCGGAUGAUAUGACAGUUUCAGAUACCGAGAAGCAUGGUGUGGCUGUUCUUGGACGUCGCUUCAGUGGGAAAAAUGAGAAAAUUGAGCAUGUGCCCAUUAAAAAAAGAAGAUUCACAGCCCAGGGUCCUUCAAAACCUUCUCAUACCACAUCUCCACACUUUGAAGUGGUUCUACCCAAUUCAAGUGGAAAACGACGACGUAGAGCAACUGAUGUGACUGUUCCAACUAUGCUCAGUCUGAAGACUUCAGAGUUUAAUGAUAAGUUUGAUUACAGUGACGACUUCUCAGGUAUUGAGAUACUUGCUGCUGUUGCUUGCGACAACAGUAUGAUUAAUGAUGCUGCUUGUGUUGAAGAAAGUUCAGUAAUGGAAGAAUCAACACGAGAAGGAGGGAGCUCAUCUUCCUCUGCAGUUCUGAUCAAAGAAACUGCUGCAUCCCCAAAAGAUAUGGCACAUGAAGAUAAAACAGAGGCUUUCUCUCUUCAAAACAAUGAAGUUACAGCGUUGCCUUGUGUUGAAGAAAGUUCAAUAAUGGAAGAGUCAACACAAGGAGCAGGCUCAUCUUCCUCUGCGGCUCCGAUCAAAGAAACUGCUGCAUCCCCAAAAGAUAUGGCACAUGAAGAUAAAACAGAGGCUUUCUCUCUUCAAAACAAUGAAGUUACAGCGUUGCCUUGUGUUGAAGAAAGUUCAAUAAUGGAAGAGUCAACACAAGGAGGAGCGGGCUCAUCUUCCUCUGCGGCUCCAAUCAAAGAAACUGGUGCAUCCCCAAAAGAUAUGGCACAUGAAGAUAAAACAGGGGCUUUAUCUCUUCAAAAUAAUGAAGUUACAGUGUUGCAUGCAUCUGCUGCAACCGAGGAAGGCGGAACAGGAGAAGGAUCUCUAUUGUCACGGGAUGAAAUGUUGAAUUUGGACUUGAAUGUUGCCUGGGAGCAAUCUUGUGAUACUUUGAGCUUUGAUCCAAGUGAAAAUGAUUUACAGAUUUUCAAGGCUAAACCUGAAGCCUUAGAACAACACAAUCCUCCUGAUAGAGUGGUUUCAUCUGAUUUACAUCGGGAUAAUACACCUGUUGAUUUGAUAGGCUUGUCUCUUGGUACUUGUGAAUCAAAUGGAGUGGAACAUCCAUCUGAAGCAUGUUCUCUACAUGAUGGAAAUGAUGAAGAGCUCUUCCCAUCUCCAACUGGUAAUGCUCUGGAACCCUCCAUUUGUGAUGUUGCCAUUGCAAAAUCUUCCAGUCAGAUUGUUGAGGGGGAAGAGUCCCUAGAUCAUCCACCAUGCAAUACACUUCCUAGCCUUACCCUCAAGCAGUGUUCAGAAAUAUGUUCAUCAGAUGACCAAAUGGGAAAAGUUUUGCAUACGGAAUCCAUGCAAGUUGAGUCGAUUAACAUUUCUUCACACCAUCUACCAAACUUAGAGAGAGUUACUUGCGAGAUUGACCUCUCAAUUUCAAAUGAUAAUGGAGAGAAUUCUCAGAAGGCAUCUUGUACACAUGAAGAUGGGAAGUCAAUUCAAAAUACGAGUAGCUUGGAAAACUUCCCACCAAUAGGACCUGCUUGGCUUGGAAUUGAAGCUGGAAGUUGCGAAGAAGAAGCAGGUGGCUGCCAUUGUUUGCCUGAUAGUGGAGAUAUUUAUGCAUCCAGUCCGUCUGCUGAGAAAGGCCAACCUGUAAUGGAAGUGGAUGCUAGAGGAGCCAAUGAAGCUUCUGCCGCCAGUAAAGCUGAAGUUCAUUCUCCGGUGCAAGCUGGGUCUGAGGAACUGAUGCAGAAGUCUUCUGCAGAUUCAACUGUUACUCCCGGAGAUGCAUGUGGAGCACAUGGUAAUGGUUUUACAAGUGUUUCAGCUAAUGUCAAUAUGGAAGAUCUUGAAGAUAGUUUUGAAUCAGAUGUUUAUCAAGCUGGUAAGGUCAUAGCUGGCACUGAAAAUGAUUUAGAACUUCAGGCUGGUUAUGAUUCUCAGUUUGAGGAUGGGGAGUUGAGGGAAUCUGAUUCACGCUUUUACUGGGAUGAAAAUGGAGAGGAUGGGGAAGUCGAGCAUGUUGACUAUGGGUCUGAAUGUGAUGAAGAAAGAUUUUGUGGCAUGGAUAAUGAGAAAGAAAUGAAAGUUGAGAGAGGUUCCAGUUCAGGAUCUGAUGAUGCUAGUCGAAAAAUUGAACAUGGGAUGGGGGAUUGUCUGAGAGAUGAAUCAGUUAGUCCAAAGACAAGAACUUCUGAUGUCACUACUGACAAGGAUUUCCUGUCUGGGGUUGUUGGAUCAAGGACAUCUAAUAGAGAUUUCCUGUCAAGCAUUGAGGAGUCCAGUUCCAUGUUUAGGAAGGAUCCUACACUUAGGAGCAGAGCCGGGAAUAUCUGUAAUUUAUAUCCUCGAGAUGAAAGGGAUGCAGGCUCCCAUAAAUUCAUGGGAAGGGACAGGCCUGUUCUGCAAAUGCGUGGCAGAAGUCCUGGAGGCCAUCGCUUUGUCAACCAUGCAACAGGCUACUGUGACUCAGAGCGGCGAUAUUUAUCUAAUUAUCGUGGCAAUUACACUUCUGGACAUCCUAGAACAAGAGGUGGAUUUGAUAGACGCAGAUAUAUAAUAUCUUCAGACCAUACCGAUUCUGAAGGAGUAGGUUUUGCCGGAUCUGACAAUCGUGCUCGCAGGCGAUUUGUUAAUCCUUCUUCCAAUGGUGCAUAUGAACGGAUUGUCAGGAGGAGAUCACCUACCAGCAGAGAUGAUUCAUACCGGGUGCAUACAGGAGCAUUGCCUGUGAGAGAUGGUAGUCCAAUCAGGAGUGGAUUUAGAAGAUUUCCACGAGAGGUUGCAAGGGGAGGCUUGAGAGAGGAAUACCACAGGCCAAUGCCAGAGGACAAGAUUGAAUAUUCUAAUCGUUUUGCACCACGGAUGCUUAGGAGAGAAAGAAGCAUUUCUCCCCUAUGCAGAGGACAACCUCGCUAUCCCUUCACUCAUAAGAAAUCUCGGUCAAGAUCCAGAAGUCGCUCUCCAUCUUCAUAUUUACCAAGGGUCAGAAAUGAGGUUUCAAGACUUCGUAGUAGGUCUCCAGAUUUUAGGACUGAUGCUAGGAUGGAUAGAGUGAGGUUGCCAUUUCAGAAGCGUAUUCCAGCUGAUUUUGAAGAGGGGUUUAUCCCCACAAGAAGAAAUCACUUUACACAGCAUAACCCCAGAUGGUUUGAUGAUCGAAAUGGUGGUUUAGAUAGUUUCCGGGGAAGAAAAUCACCUGUGAAUAUGUUCCGUCCAAAUCAACGAUUUGAUUCGGUGCGUACCAUCCGGAGAUUGGAUUCAGAGGAUCAGUUCAGACCGACAAUGCGAUCCAGAAAAUUUAACGAUAUGGGGAGUGCUAGCAGGGGAGGUGAAUUUGAUGGUAGUGAUGAUGACAGGAGAAAGCAUAACAGAUAUGAUAUGGCUCAGCGAGUUAGACAAUAUGAUACGGACAGUCUGCGGCGGUUCCGGUUUAAUGCAGAAGAUUCAUUGGUGGCUAAUAAUGAUACUCCUAACUGUGAUGAAGGAAAUAGAAUAACUGACAGAAGGCCUGGAGGGGCGCAUAGGAGAGAUGGUGAAGAGUAGUUUAUUUGAGAGAUCACCAGAAGAGUAGAGCCUUCGCCUUAGGUUAAUCUGCUGAUAGAUAGUUCCUUUUCCCCCUUUUGUUUUUAUCGUUCAAACAUUUAAGUUUUGGGCAGGAAGCAUCUCAAUUCCAUCGUUUUUUUCUUGCUGGUGGUGCUUGUGUGGUUUUCCUUGGCAAGAUCUGCUUCUCUAGUCAUUAAUUUUUUCCCCUUCCAUAGGAGUUAGAUUUUGCAUAUCUUACAUAUCUUCUUUCCUUUCCAUGAUGUUUAUUUUCCCACCUUUUACCUAUCCAUAAGCCAACUCUGGCUAUUUGUAAGCUCGGUUUUGAGGUCAUUAAGGGUACAAUGAUCAAUGGAAAAUCAAAGUGGUUUUUGGUUUUCCUUCGCUG